AUGUCUGAGCCGAAUCUUCCCUUCCCUUCACCCUCCCCUUUCCCCUCAUGUGACUAUAGUGAAUGGUCUCCAACCUGGGUGCUCAUUCCAAGUGUGUACCUCUUGGUGUUUAUUGUGGGCUCACUAGGUAAUGGCCUGGUGUUGUGGGUAUACCUGGACCGCCGAACAAGAGGACGCGGAAGGAUUGGGAGCUGUUCCAAACUUUCCCAGACCCCUGAUGACCCAACCUCCAGGGCCUCGCCCACAUCCCGUUCAGUGACAGAGUCUUUAAUAGCCAGUCUAGCAUUAGCUGACCUGGCUUUUGUUAUGACCCUACCAUUAUGGGCAGCAUACACAGCGCUGGGCUACCACUGGCCGUUUGGCCAUGUUCUGUGCCAGGUGAGCAGUUACAUAGUGGCUCUGAACAUGUAUGCCAGUGUGUUUUCUCUGACUGGGCUCAGCGUGGAGCGAUACUGUGUCAUCACACGGCGCUGUGGUAACAGCUCACGACAGGGUGGAUCGACCACUCGUGCCAAGUGGAUUGUGGGUUGCGUUUGGGUGGCAGCAGGAAUCCUGGCACUUCCUGCACUGCUUCUACGGACUGUCAGGGAGGUGGAUUUGCAAGCGGGACCCGAUGGUGACUGGCAGGAUGGACGUGUCUCCUCGUGCUUGUGUGAUAUGGACUACUCUAGUUUGAUCUCGAACGAGCUGGACCCGAUGGCUUCGGAACAGGCAGAGCUGAUGUGGUCAGCAGCUUUGGGGUUAAAGUCAACUGUGCUUGGUUUCCUGCUGCCUCUGGUAGUGCUUCUGCUAUGCUACGGCUUGCUGGGCCGACUCCUUUUGCAACACUUCAGUCACGGUCCACGGCCCGAUCACGCACGUCAACGUCGGCUUCUCCGCAUCAUCGUCACCCUUGUAUUGACCUUCUUCUUCUGCUGGCUACCCUUUCAUACAAACAAGACACUGUCAGCUUUGGUGGAACUGGGCAUUCUUCCCUUUUCUUGUAGUUUUGAUCAGUGGUUGGUGGCAGUCCACCCAUAUGCCAUCUGUCUGGGAUACGUCAACAGCUGUCUGAACCCUCUGCUGUACGCUUGCUGUGACCCAGCGUUCCGUAGACACUGCAGGGGACUGCUAGUGUGUGCAUGGACCAGAUGCAAAGGAGCACAGGAAGGGGAUGUGAGAGAACAAUGCAACAAGAGUUCCACAGAACCAUCAGGAACACAUGAAAUGACAGUUACCAAAGACAAACAGUGAACCGUGAGAGAUUCAGGAAGACUGACAGAGCUUUGUGGAGAUUGCUGAUGUUUGUAUUUUUCCAUCCAUGAACUUCAUCCCCUCAAAACAAGAUGUCAACGUACUGUGGGAACCGAGAUACAGAAUCCAGAUUUCCUAUGACUGUUGUGUCAUAGUAUUGUAAAUAUACUGUAUAUAACAAGUAUCUGCUUUGAAGUAAGAAUUGUUUUGUCAUAUACUGAAUGAAAUCUUGAUUUUCAUGCAAAAAUCUUAAGCAGAUGAUAUAGUUGGUGAAAAGAUACCCAGAGCUGGAUCUUUUCUGUGGAACAGGAAAAAUCAGAUUACUGAUGUUUGUAUUCGAAUGUGAAAUUUGGAUAAACUUCCCCAAGAUGCCAACGUGCUGUGGGAGCAUUUUCCAUGACAUUUUGCUGGAAGAUGAUCUAACUGUUCGCUGCUUUCUGAAAUCCCAAACACACAUCAACGUCGUCAUAAAGCAUUAUUAUUAGUCGCCCUUUGUUUGUCACUAGGUUUUGCAAAUAUCUAACCAGUAAAAAUAUUAAAAAGUGCUUGCCAACUUUGACAACACAGUAUUUAAUCAUUUAAAAAUAUUAAAUGUUUUUUCAAUUUCCUAAAAGAAUUUGGACAUCCAAGGAAGAACUGCUGCAUUUUCCUUUCUGCAUAAGUGUAAACUGUUAGCAUGUUGCUGCAUCUUAUAAACAAUUUGAAAGGCUGCCAUUUAUCAUAGCAGGCAACACUUUGUCACAUGUAAAAUAAAGCUUUCAAGUGUAUUUUAUUUACGAAUAAACUUCAGGUCACUUCAUUGGACAGCUAUCAAUAAGCUUUUCUUUGCAUUGGUUUUGAUAGCAUAGUUACACAAUCAGUAUCUUAUAAACGAAAAUGAAAAGCAAUAUGCGUG